CCUCCUGUUUCCGGUACCGUCACGGGAUAGAGCGGUCGGUGACAGCCCCGAGAGCCCCCGCCCCGCGCCCAUGGCCGAGCCGGACCCCUCUGACCCUCUGGAGACCCAGGCAGGGAAGGUGCAGGAGGCUCAGGACUCAGAUUCAGACGCUGAAGGAGGAGCAGCUGGUGGAGAGGCAGACAUGGACUUCCUGCGGAAUUUCUUCUCCCAGACACUGGGCCUGGGCACCCAGAAGGAGCGUCUGCUGGAUGAGCUAACCCUGGAAGGGGUGGCCCGCUACAUGCAGAGUGAGCGCUGUCGCAGGGUCAUCUGUUUGGUGGGGGCUGGAAUCUCCACAUCUGCGGGCAUCCCCGACUUCCGCUCUCCAUCCACGGGCCUCUAUGCCAACCUGGAGAAGUACCAUCUUCCCUAUCCAGAGGCCAUCUUCGAAAUCGGCUACUUCAAGAAACAUCCAGAACCCUUCUUCACCCUUGCCAAGGAACUCUAUCCUGGGCAGUUUAAGCCGACCACCUGCCACUACUUCAUCCGCCUGCUGAAGGAGAAGGGACUGCUCCUGCGCUGCUACACACAGAACAUAGACACCCUGGAGCGGGUGGCAGGGCUGGAGACCGAGGACCUGGUGGAGGCUCAUGGCACCUUCUACACGUCGCACUGCGUCAGCCCCCUCUGCCGGCGGGAGUACACACUGAGCUGGAUGAAAGAGAAGAUCUUCAUGGAGGUGACUCCCAAGUGUGAGAAAUGUCAGAGUGUGGUGAAGCCUGACAUCGUAUUUUUUGGUGAGAACCUCCCAGCGCGUUUCUUCUCCUGCAUGCAGUCAGACUUCCGAAAGGUGGACCUCCUCAUCAUCAUGGGCACCUCCCUGCAGGUGCAGCCCUUUGCAUCCCUCAUCAGCAAGGCACCCCUCUCUACCCCCCGCCUGCUUAUCAACAAGGAGAAGACUGGCCAGACGGACCCUUUCCUAGGAAUGAUGAUGGGCCUUGGAGGAGGCAUGGACUUUGACUCCAAGAAGGCCUACAGGGAUGUGGCCUGGCUGGGUGACUGUGACCAGGGCUGCUUGGCCCUUGCCAACCUCCUCGGAUGGAAGAAGGAGCUGGAGGACCUUGUCCAGAAGGAGCAUGCCAGCAUCGAUGCCCAGUCAGGGUCGGGAGCCCCCAAUCCCACCACUUCAGCUUCCCCCAGGAAGUCCCCACCACCUGCCAAGGAGGAGGCCAGGAGCAGAGAUGGGGAGAAACCCCAGUGAGGGCUGCAUCUCCCAGGCAGGAUGCCCAGCUCCCUCUGGGACAGUAAAGCCCCAACCAGCUCUGGCCCCCUCUAACCUGCAGCUCUUGUCUGAGGAGCUCAGAACAUCCCCCUAAUCUCUUAACCACUACCCCCACCCACCGCCAGCAAAUCUCUAACAUCUCCCAGGGCCGAGGCUUGAGCAGCCCCAUCUCUAACAGCCCCGGAUCUCUAACCACCCACCACCAGGGUUAAGGAGCAAUUUCCCCUAAUCUCUAACUGCUCCCAGGGGCCAGGGGUGCCCCCAAACUUCUAACUGUCCCAGGACAGGGGUCUGAGGGUCCCCACUCUCUACUGCUCCCAGGGGCCUGUGGCCAAGUAGACCAAAUCUAAUCUACCCCAGAUGGAGGGGUGGGCCCUCCAAAUAUAACUCACACCCGGUGUCAGGGAGUGGUCUGAGCCUGAAGGACUCCCAAGUCUCUGCCUCCAACUCCCAAAGAGGGUUCUGGGCCCCCUUCACUUGGGACCCACUUCCCAAGUGGAGAUGGGCAGAAGACGUUGCUUAUUGGAGACAAAUUAAAAACAAAACAAAAACAACUGACAA